AACCACCCAUGUUUUUCUUCUCAUAUCUCUCCACGUCAAAUGAAAUGACUUCUUUAAGGUGCUGGCAAGCAGAACUGAUUGUUCACUAUAUCGCAGCUUUUAUUUUCCCAUUUCCUCUGCUUGUGCAGAGAAUAAAGGUAAGAGAUUUGGCAAUCUGGAUUCAGUCGAUGUCUCGAGGUCUGAGGGAACUAUCGUACAACAUGAAGGGUUUACUCUUGAGUUUGGUUGUGUUUCUGCUUCCUGUAUUGAUCAGGGGAGAGUUUCCAGACUGUGAAACAACAUUUCUGGAACCAGGUCAAACAUACUGCACUGAUAACACCGAUGGAAAACAGCAUGAGAUGGAUUCCACUUGGACAAACUCUCAGUGCUACAAAUGCCACUGCUCGGCCACUGGCAUGACCUGCUGUGACACGAUUGUGCCACCGAACAACCCGAAUCCUCAGCUCUGCACUGUGGAGUUCGACUACGAGACGUGCCAGGCUACAGUUGUCAGCAGAGAUGAUCCUUCAUUACCGUGCUAACACCAGAGUGUGACUCCAACAAGGAUAUUAGAGACGAUGGGAGAUGGGAUUGUAUCACGAUCGUUAAAUACAGAAAACACCAGAAUGCAUUUGAUAAACAAAAGUGAUCAAAAUUGCAUCCAGAAUAUU